CAUUUUAUUUUUUGUAAUUACUAUGUUUAGUUUUUGGUGACAACAAGUAUAAAUAUGAACCGAUGAUAACUUAUUUUUUGAGGAACUAUAGCAUUUGGGUUGGCAAGGCGUCGGAUGAGAGGGGCGACAGCCCUAGCAGAGUCCCUGCGCUAGAGGCUUCAAUGCGAGCGUACGCAGAGAACAAGGUUGGAACAGUUGUUAAUCCAGCGAUAGGUACUAGCUUUGAUUCGGUUCAGGAGGCGUAUGAGUUUUACAACCUAUACUCCUGGGAGACUGGAUUUGGGGUUCGUCAUGCCAAAAGCAGAUUGAACGUGCAUCGGACAAAAUACAUGCAAGAGUUUGUGUGCGCAUGUGCGGUGAGCAUGUCUAAACAAAAAAAUAGGAUUUUUUGCAUUACACGUGAUUUCAUGUGCUGUGUUUUUUUUUAUUAAUCACUUCCCCCUGGGGGACUUUGUAGGGGAAACCGUUGCAGUCCAAUAGUCGCUCAACAAGGUCCGGGUGCGGUGCGUUGAUGCGAGUCCUUAGGUCUGAAGACAAGGGCUGGUACAUAUGUGAACACAAAACAAAGCACAACCAUGGUUUGUCGGUUAACUGUAUGGAGAAGUUGCACUGGAAGUCGCACCGGCACAUAGAUAGAUACACCAGAGACUUGGUGAAGCAACUGAGGGAAAACAAUAUUAGCCUGAGCAAGGUUUAUAGCGUGGUGGGUAGUUUGUUCGGCUCUGUGAAGGAAGUGCCAUUCACAAAAUGGUCCUUGAAAACUCUAUGUGGAAAACUUAACAAAGAGCAAUCGGAAAAUGAUGCAACAAAAACAAUCGAGGUGUUCAAUGCAAUGCGAACAGAAGAUCCUGAGUUUAAAUACAGUGUCUAGGUCGAUGACGAGGGACGAGUUAAGACUUUGAUGUGGACCACGGGCCGAAGUAUCGAGCAGUACAUUUGUUUUGGUGACGCUGUGACAUUUGAUACCACAUACAAAACAAACCUGUAUGACAUGCCUUUUGGUCUUUUUGUUGGUGUCAACAAUCACUUUCAAAGCAUAAUUUUUGGUGGGGUGCUGAUGAGCGAUGAGAAAAUUGACACUUUCAAGUGGAUAUUCACAGAGUUCUCCCACAUGGUUGGGGCUCCACAGCCACGGACAAUACUCACAGACCAGGCUCGCGCCAUGGAGGUUGCUAUAGAUGAAGUCAUGCCGGGCACGACGCAUCGAUGGUGCAAGUGGCACGUUCUGAAGAAAGCAAAGGAAUGUCUGGGAUCAUUACUGGGAAAGGGUAGUGAAUUCAAACAGGAGUUCAACAAGAUCGUAAAUCACAUAGUUAGUGUGAGCGAAUUUGAGGAUGGUUGGUCAUGUAUGGUUCAGAAACAUGGUCCACAAACGAAUGCGUUCCUCACGCAGAUAUAUGAGACCCGGAUGAAAUGGGCCAAGCCCUAUUCCAUGGACGUCUUCUGCGCAAAGAUGACCAGCACGCAGCGCAGUGAAAGUGCAAACCAUUUGCUCAAAGGUUAUGUGCCCGCAGGUUCUCCAGUGCACUUGUUCGUAAGACAGUAUGAAAAGAUGCAGUUUGACAAAGAUUCAGAAGAGAGUUACCAAGAGAAGAGGACCAAGCUGGUAGGAUAGCACAAAAAAAAAGGAUUGGUGUUGCCCCUAUUUUUUGAUUUGCAUUAUAAAAAAAUACAGUUGCGAUGCGUGCUGAUUAUUUAUUUUUCCAACCGCAGGGGGGUCUUG